GCUGCGCGGUGCCUACGUCGGCCUCGAGUCUGGGGCUGGAGGAGUUGCCUUUGGAGCCCGAAAGGAGGAAGGAAGCAAAAUAUCAACAACCGUCGAGGCGGCUUGGGCGCUCCGCCGCGUCCCCGCCGCCCGCCGCCGCCGCCCCCGCGCGCACCAGGGGGUCCUAGCCCUGUGGCGCCGCCCAGGCCGCGUGGACGCGGCGCCUUCGCUGUUCCCCGUCGGAGCUGCGGCUUCGCGCAGCCGAGGAUUCCGCGGGCCGGGCCGAGGCUCCGGGCACCGUGACACCCCGUUCCCCCGCGGGCUGGAGGCUGUGCGUAGGUGUUCUGCAGACCAUGAACUGAUCACUAGUCCCAGACAUUCAUGAGCACAGUGUGAGGCUCCUGAUCACCACCCAGCAGCCCCUUCCUCUCUGGCACUAAGGACCCCCCGGAGAAGAUGGGGAGGAAAAAGAUUCAGAUCCAGCGAAUCACUGAUGAACGGAACCGCCAGGUGACCUUCACCAAGCGGAAGUUUGGGCUGAUGAAGAAGGCCUAUGAGCUGAGCGUGUUGUGCGACUGCGAGAUUGCGCUCAUCAUCUUCAACCACUCCAACAAGCUGUUCCAGUACGCCAGCACCGACAUGGACAAGGUGCUGCUCAAGUACACCGAGUACAACGAGCCGCAUGAGAGCCGCACCAAUGCUGACAUCAUCGAGACCCUGAGGAAGAAGGGUUUCAACGGCUGUGACAGCCCAGAGCCGGAUGGGGAGGACUCACUGGAGCAGAGCCCCCUGCUGGAGGACAAGUACCGGCGGGCCAGUGAGGAGCUGGAUGGGCUCUUCAGGCGCUAUGGGUCAUCUGUUCCGGCCCCCAACUUUGCCAUGCCUGUCACAGUGCCCGUGUCCAAUCAGAGCUCCAUGCAGUUCAGCAAUCCAAGUAGCUCUCUGGUCACUCCUUCCCUGGUGACAUCAUCCCUUACGGACCCACGGCUCCUGUCCCCCCAGCAGCCAGCACUACAGAGAAACAGUGUUUCUCCAGGCCUGCCCCAGCGGCCUGCUAGUGCAGGAGCCAUGCUGGGUGGAGACCUCAACAGUGCUAAUGGAGCCUGCCCCAGCCCCGUUGGGAAUGGCUAUGUCAGUGCCCGAGCUUCCCCUGGCCUCCUCCCUGUGGCCAAUGGCAACAGCCUAAACAAAGUCAUCCCUGCCAAGUCUCCACCCCCACCCACCCACAACACCCAGCUUGGAGCCCCCAGCCGCAAGCCUGAUCUGCGGGUCAUCACUUCCCAGGGAGGCAAAGGGUUAAUGCAUCACUUGACUGAGGAACAUUUAGAUCUGAACAAUGCCCAGCGCCUUGGGGUCUCUCAGUCUACCCACUCGCUCACCACCCCAGUGGUUUCCGUGGCAACACCAAGUUUACUCAGCCAGGGCCUCCCCUUCUCCUCCAUGCCCACUGCCUACAACACAGAUUACCAGCUGCCCAGUGCAGAGCUACCCUCCUUACCAGCCUUCAGUUCACCUGCAGGGCUGGCACUAGGCAAUGUCACCGCCUGGCAGCAGCCCCAGCAGCCCCAGCAGCCACAACCGCCACAACCGCCACAGUCACAGCCACCACAGCCACAGCCACAGCAGCCACCUCAGCAACAGCCCCACUUGGUCCCCGUUUCUCUCAGCAACCUCAUCCCUGGCAGCCCCUUGCCUCACGUGGGUGCUGCUCUCACUGUCACUACCCACCCCCACAUCAGCAUCAAGUCAGAACCAGUGUCCCCAAGUCGUGAACGCAGCCCUGCUCCUCCUCCACCAGCUGUGUUCCCAGCUGCCCGCCCUGAGCCUGGCGAAGGUCUCAGCAGCCCAGCUGGAGGAUCCUAUGAGACCGGGGACCGGGAUGAUGGACGGGGGGACUUUGGGCCCACACUAGGCCUGCUGCGCCCAGCCCCAGAGCCUGAGGCUGAGGGCUCAGCUGUGAAGAGGAUGCGGCUGGAUACUUGGGUACUGUAACAUUGCCCUUCUGUCUGCCGGUGUCUGCGUCACCCAGGGAUGCCCCACAUGCACUCAGCCUGUUUUCUUUCCCAUCUGAGGCCUUGUGGCCAGGCAUUUCUUUUGGGUCAGUACUCACAGCCCUCGACCCCCUCCUUGCAACAUUGUUCCCUGCUCAGUGACCUUCAGCUAGCCUCACCCUAGAGUGUUACCCCGUGGGAGAGGGUUGGGUGCAUCCUAUAGGCCACGUUGCCCCUCACACACCUUCUCCAUCUCCUUUCUUCACAGACAUUAAAGUGAUGGUCCCAUUCCCUCCUUUCAGCCUCCCUGAUGAAGAGUUGACAAUCUCACCGCCCACCCCUCCUUGUCCUGGGCUCCUCCCGCUCGACCCCACUUCCUUUCUUCUGCUCCAUGUCCUGUUGAUGGUUACAUUUGUGUAUAAUUAUAUUAUUAUUAUUAUUAUUGUUAUUAUUAUUAUUAUUAUAUUUUUAAAUUCGAAUUCUCGCUUUAGAGAGAGGGAUGCUCUUGCCCCUUUCUUGCCCCCACCAUUUUCACUGAUGGGGGACUCUCUUUAUUGCGGGAAAGGGGGGACACUUUGCACGUUGUACACAUAUGCUGCAGGAAGGGGGGGCAGUAGGCCUUGGAGAAGGACAGGUGCCGAGCCCUGCAUGUGGAGCCCUCCCAUUCCAUUCCCAGAUAGACGUAAAGAACCAAAAACUACCCAACAACAGAACCAGACAGUGGACUGAAACCCAAAGCUGGCUUGAUGAUAGGCUUGUGUCUCAGGGGAGAGGAGGAGGCAGAAUUCCUGCUUCUGGGCUGUUCACGGCUAAUACCCACCCUGGUCCCUCCAGCUUCCUGUAUACAUACCACACUCACUGAUCCUGUGUGCUACACCCCAAGAUCUGGGUGAUAGAAAGGCUGCCUAGGAAUCUGAGGCCAGGGCAGGGGCUUGAGGUAGGAAUCUCUAGAGGUAACACGGGAGACCGCUGUAGAAAGAGGGCUAGUGAGGACAGAAGGACUGGGUGUGGUGAAUCGGGAUCCUGCCCCCAGCUUUUCCUUUAAGAUGUACAGUGCAAUAGCUCCCCAUCCUUUAGCCUACCCCAAUCCUAAAGAAAGCUGGCCAUGUACUGGGAGAGUUGGGAGAGGACCUUCAGUGAAGUGGCUCUAGGGUGGGCCAGAGUCGUCCUUUGGUUCCCUGGGGCACUGAGAGCAGGAGGCCUGUCGGGGGCAGGAUGGGGAGGGCACCUCUUGGCUUUGUGCACCUGUGUCCAGAAGAGUACAUCCUGGGCACAUAGCAUGCUCUGUGGAGCUAGAGGGUCUUAUAGAUGAGGCCCCUGGCCCUUCUCCAGGCCUCCAAGCUCCUGCCCCUGGCCCAUCUCCCAGCUCUUUGCGUGCUCCUUGUCUCGCUACCUCCUGUCCCUCCACCUCCAGGCCACAUCCCAAACCUGCCCUCUUGCUACUGUAAUUGUAAAUAGAGACCUUUCAAAUGUUAGUGGUGUAACCGUCCAGGAAACUGUUGUGUUUGUUGUUGUUGUAUUGAUAUGAAAUGAGAUUCUAUUUUUGUCAAAGUAUAUUGUAAUAAUAAUGACUCAAAUGGCCCGUACUGUACAGAUGAGAUUCUUCUGCUGUGUUCUUGCCUUCCUCUCCAGACUCAUGCUUUGUUGCCUCUCCGUGGGGCUGCAGCAAGCACCAGGGGCAGUGGAAGCAUUGGGUCCUUGGACCUCUUGCUGGAUCUGAGGUCAAACUGGAGGGAAUAGUCUGCCCCCUCCCCAGCCUGCUCUGUCACCACCCCUGCCCUUCCUCUGCUUCCCCACUUGGGGAGAGGGGAUGGGAGACCGCACACACUCCCUUGGGGCUUCCUCCCAGCUGGAGGGUAGAGUUAGACAAGGCUCAGUGUUGUCGUAAGAUGGUCUUUGCCCACUUGUGACCCAGCCUUUUGUAGUAUUUUGACACUUGAUGCAGGGAAGGAGCCAGAAGCAGAGGGGUAUGAGCAUGCUCGUGGGGGUAUAUCUGGGUUCACCCUGUAUUUAUGUGUUUGUGUGCAGCUGUGCGGAUGUACCUUUGAGUGACUCAAGCUCCAAGGGCCUCUGUGUCUGUGAGCUGGGUGUGUUUACAAGGGAUAGGCGGCUUCCAAUUCUGUGGCUUCACCCCCUCCCCGGGCUGCUCUCAGUCCCAAAACAUGUUACUAAAGUUAUGGGGGAGGGUGCUAGUUGGCCUUCCUGCUUCUCCCCACAGCCUACCUCCACCAGGGCUUCACAUUUGGAGCUCUGCCUCCAUAUGGCUGCCCACUAGCCCCACCCAGUCACAGUUCAUCCCUGGAGUUCUGACUUGUUUAUGGAGCCAACUCAAGUUCCUCUUCUCCCUGGAACCUCACCUUUGAUAAGGCAAGGACCCUCCCUUACCCAGAGUUUUACCCCAGUAGCUGAGCAGGCAUGGGAUACUACCCAUAUGCCUCACCUUCCCACUCCUCCUCACAAUACCUACAGGGAGUUUUGAGACUUGCUUAUGGCCUUGAAAGAAUCCAGGGUGUAGUCCUGUGCUCCCCUUGAAGUAGCUGGCACAUUGUAGGCCCUCAGUAAAUGCUGUGGAUGACAGGUGCUCAAUAAAUGUGGAAUCACGGCCUCAUCUCAGGCUCAUCCUUCUAGGCUGAGCUUGGCCACCAUUACACACAGCUGGGGGUGAAGCCCCUGUAGUUCACAGUGUACUACUCAACAGUUUGCCAUCUGCUUCCCGAAAGCAAACCUGGCUUGUGAUUGCCAUGUACGGAUGUGUGCAUGCACUGUGGGUUUGGGUGUGGGUGUGUCUGCACACACACAUAUGAGUUCCUGUGUGUCUCUGUCCCUGACAGUAGGGGCAGUCUGUGAAUGAAUAUGUGACAUUUCUGCAGUUUAGUAUCCCCAGGUUUCUCCUGGGGCUAUGCAGGGGCUUCUGGCUGGCCAGGUAAAUGGAUCCCUGGGAACCUAGACCUCAGAUGGGGACUUAUUUUCUUCCUCUCACAAGCCAAAUUUGCCUCCUAUCCACUCCCUCUACAGAACUGGGUAUUUGCCAAAGUAGCCUCUGGCGUCAUCCAGUGCCCUUCCCACCCAGGUUCCCCUCCGCUUUCAGGGAUAGUGGGUCCGAGGGCCAUGAGCACAUUUCCUCCAUCCCCAGCAGUGUACCCACCCAUCCCUCCCCAACUCAAACAGGAAGGAAGAAAGAAAUGCACCUUCUCUUGCUCAUUAUUUAUUUGUUUGGAGAGACAGAAGUGAUGGGAAAGUAUCUAAAAAAUCUCUCUAUCUCUCUGUUUUUACCCAACUCUCUGGAACCCCCUGUGGGGGAAUGUCGGCUCUCCUAGAGGCUGGGAGCUCCUUGUUCUACCCUGUCUGCCUCUAUAUAAGCAGAAGGGAUGGGACAUAAUGGGGCAGGAGGGCUGAGGUUCCCAAGGAGAAUCUGAAUUCUCUACCCCACCCAUUCAAGUCCCAGAAAGAGGGAAGAAGGGAGGGAUGGGCCAGCCAAGAGCUGACCCAUCCCCAAACUUGACAAUCACCCACACUCCUGGCUCCUGGGUCUUGGGUGAGUCCAAGUGUGUGGCUGUUGAUUUGUUUUCAUUUCAUUAUUUCUUUCCAUGCUGUACGGUGAUGCUUUCUAGUAUUCUGCACAUUAAGAAAAGUCCUCGAGAUUCUUACGAGUUUGGUUUGAAAACUCUUUCACUAUAUUUGUUGUAAAGAGGUUUACUAUUAAAAGAAAAAAAGAACAUGUUUCUGAUACCUCA